AUGCCCCUAGCAUGGGGUCGAAAAUUUGGUCUUUUGGAUUCUAUUUUUGGAAAGGAUGGUGUAUUAAACCAGCCAAACAGUGUCUUUGGACUUAUAUUUUAUAUACUACAGUUAUUACUUGGCAUGACAGCAAGCGCCGUGGCGGCUUUGAUCCUCAUGACAUCCUCCAUCAUGUUGGUCGUGGGGUCCCUGUACCUGGCCUGCAUUCUGUACUUUGUGCUGAAGGAGUUCUGCAUCAUCUGUGUCGUCAUGUAUGUGCUGAACUUCCUUCUUCCCAGUAUCAACUACAAACAAUUAGUUUACUUGAACGUGGCCUGGAAGCGGCAGCUGCAGCCCAAGCAGGAGUGAUGCCCGACGGACUCUGCCCUGACAGUCUCAAGCCCCUUUUCCAUUCAGUUUAUUUUGCAGCAGGUUUUUAUUAUUAUUAUUAUUCACAACAGACACUUUCCCUGAGAAUCUCAAACUGAUUUUUUAAAAUUCUGUAAAUUAGAAAGGGCCCUCCCUAUUUUCUGUGUCAAUCUUCAUUUUCAAUAUGAAUACAAAAAGGAUACGCUGAGCCAAUCAAAGACAAGCUUUAACUUCACUUUGAAGAUGUUUCUGAAAUGAUAAAAUGUAGCCCUAGCCCCCGCCCUCAAUUGUAAAGUCAGCAACCAUUGCUAGUAAUUCUUUAAUGUGCAUAAAUUCAAUUUCAGGUAUAACAAAUG